CUUACCUCUGCACUGCGGGCAGAGGGAGACCCGCCCUGGCAGCCGCUGCUGCUUGUGGCCUUGAGCAGAGGGGCUGGGGCUGCUUGUUCUAUCCCCACCCUGGUGGGGCCUCCCUCUCCCCUGAGUCUAGUUAAUUAUAACUCUGACCUAAGUGCCCUGUGACGCGCAGGCCAGCCCUGCCCACGAGACCCAGCAACCAGGUCCAUGCCUCAGCCAUGCUCUGUGCUAAGGUGUCCCCAUCCCACCCGGGCCCCUCAGCACUGCUUCUACUGCAGCUGCUGCUGCCCCCUACAUCUGCCUUCUUCCCCAACAUCUGGAGCCUGCUGGCUGCCCCCGGCUCCAUCACCCACCAGGACCUGACUGAGGAUGCAGCACUUAACGUCACCCUGCAGCUCUUCCUGGAGCAGCCGCCCCUAGGAAGCACCACCCUGCGUCUCGAAGACUUCCUGGGCCGAACCCUCCUUGCCGAUGACCUCUUUGCUGCCUACUUUGGACCUGGGUUUCCUUCCCGGCGCUUCCGAGCAGCCUUAGGUGAGGUAUCUCGUGCCAAUGCAGCCCAGGACUUCCUGCCAACUUCUAAGAAUGACCCUGACCUGCACUUUGAUGCUGAGCGACUGGGCCCAGGACGCACACGCCUGGUGGGAGCUCUGCGAGAGACCAUGAUAGCAGCCAGAGCUCUUGACUACAGCCUGGCCCGCCAGCGCCUUGGGGCUGCACUUCAUGCCUUACAGGAUUUCUACAGUCACAGCAACUGGGUGGAACUGGGCGAGCAGCAGCCACACCCUCACCUCCUCUGGCCCAGGCCCAAGCUCCAGAGCCUGGCACAAGUGAGUGAUCCUACUUGCUCCGAUUGUGAAGAGUUGAGCUGCCCUAGGAAUUGGCUGGGCUUCACACUGCUCACCUCUGGCUACUUUGGAACUCAUCCCCCAAAACCUCCAGGGAAAUGUAGCCACGGUGGCCAUUUUGACCGGAGCAGCUCUCAAUUACCCCGGGGAGGCAUCAACAAAGACAGCACAUCUCCAGGCUUCUCCCCCCACCACAUGCUACACCCUCAGGCAGCAAAUCUGGCCCUUCUAGCCUCCAUCCAGGCCUUCAGCCUGCUACGAAGCCGCCUAGGAGACAGGGAUUUCUCCAGGCUGCUGGAUAUCACCCCAGCCUCCAGCCUGAGCUUUGUCCUGGACACCACAGGCAGUAUGGGCGAAGAGAUCAAUGCUGCCAAAAUCCAAGCACGCCACAUUGUGGAGCAGCGGCGAGGCAGUCCCAUGGAGCCUACCCACUAUAUCCUGGUUCCUUUCCAUGACCCAGGGUUCGGCCCUGUCUUUAAGACCAGUGACCCUGACAGCUUCUGGCAACAACUCAAUGAGAUCCACGCCUUGGGGGGUGGAGACGAGCCUGAGAUGUGCCUGUCAGCUCUAGAGUUGGCCCUGCUGCACACACCUCCACUCUCAGACAUCUUUGUCUUCACGGAUGCCUCCCCCAAGGAUGCCUUUCUUACUAACCGGAUAGAAUCCCUGACUCAGGAGCGGCGUUGCAGGGUAACAUUCCUGGUGACUGAAGACCCAUCAAGAGUUCAGAGCCGAGUGCGACGUGAGGUCUUGUCCUCUCUGCGUUUUGAACCAUAUGAAAAGGUGGCCCGGGCCUCAGGAGGAGAGGUGAUCUUCACCAAAGACCAGCACAUUCAGGAUGUGGCAGCUGUUGUUGGGGAGAGCAUGGCUGCCCUGGUGACUCUUCCCCUAGACCCUCCUGUUAUGGUGCCUGGGAGAUCCCAUGUGUUCAGUGUGGAUGGGCUGCUCCGGAAGGUCACAAUUCGUAUCCACGGGGAGAUCAACAAUUUUUGGAUCAAGAACCCAGCAGGGAUCUCCCAGGGCCAAGAGGAAGGCAUGGGUUCUCUAGGUUACACUCGCCGCUUUGGGCAGUUCUGGAUGGUGACUGUGAAUGACCCCCCUCAGACAGGAACCUGGGAGAUCCAGGUCACAGCUGAGGGUACCCCCCGGGUGAGAGUGCAAGCCCAGACCUCCCUAGACUUCCUCUUCUACUUUGGGACCUCCGUGGAGGAUGGACCCCACCCUGGCCUUUACCCCCUGACUCAGCCAGUUGCAGGUCUCCAGACCCAGCUACUGGUUGAAGUGACAGGAUUGGGUUCCAGAGGCAACUCUGGGGAUCCUCAGCCACAUUUCUCCCAUGUCAUCCUUCGAGGGAUAUUGGAGGGUGCCGAACUGGGCCGAGUACCUUUGGAGCCUGUGGGACCUCCAGAGCGAGGUCUCCUGGUGGCCUCUCUGCCACCUAUGCUGUUGUCCACCCCAGGACCCUUCUCCCUGGAGCUGUUUGGCCAGGAUGGAAAGGGGCAGCAUCUGCACAGGACAGCCCCUCAGCCUUGCAUGGUGGCUCCUGUGCUUCUGGAGCUCAGCGGACCCCAGACUUUCUUGACCCCGGGCAGCAAGGUUCCGCUCAGUCUCCACAUCGCCAGCUUCUCAGGCCCUCAGGAUCUUGACCUUAGGACAUCCGUGAAUCCCAGCUUUGCCCUUACCUCCAACCUAUCCAAGGCUCGCCUGGGACAGAAUGAAUCUGCCUGGGGCCGCCUAUGGCUGGAGGUCCCAGACUCAGCCGCCUCGAACUCCGUGGUGAUGGUGACUGUGACUGCGGCAGGUCAAGAAGGCAGCCCAGUACCCCCAACCCAUGUUUUCUUGCGCCUCCUGGUGCUGGCCCCAGCCCUGCAGGAGCAGCUCGCUGCCCCUGCCCACUCAUCUGGCCCUGUCCUCUCCACACCCACCCCUGUCUUUUGUACCUUCACUUUGGUGACUCAGGACAGGGCUGAGAGCAGGUUGACUGGUAACCUCUGGUGGGGCACAGUUGGAGGAGUGCUGCUUCUGCUAGGCCUGGCCUCCUGGUGAUGCAACAGCCCCUGGAGGGAUGGGUCUCUCCUACUUUCAAUCUGCCUUAUUGGUAAGGUCACAUGGGGCCUUGGAGCCUUAUCUCUUCUAGCCAAGAUGGAGAUUUUCCUUCUCAUGCACUUGUCCCUUGCCUUUCUUAAAAACUGUAAGAUUGAGAUAGAGGGCAGAGGAUU